UGGCUAAUUUGCGCGAAUCUAAGCGCGCGGCGAGAAGAGACAGCCCACUGUUACGUGGUCGCUAGGACGCAAGAAUCUAGCCUUACGCACCGCUGGAAUGCCGUUGACAUUUGUAGAACGCUCCUUCCAACGCUUCAUCGCGCGCCUAGUAAUCAAAUAACAGUGGGCUGUACCGCCACGGGUCUCUUCUCCGCCGCGCGCUUAAACUCGCGCAAAUUGGUAGAUAUUUUUUAACUAAUUCCUCAUUAAUUAUUGUGAAAAUCGCAAAAUGGUAGAGGACUCUUCUACUCGUGAGAAGUGUUGAGAACUGUCAAGUGUUUACUAUCGUCUCAUGACGCAUUGCACCGUCCCUGCCUGUCCAUUGUAUCGGAUUCUUUACAUAUAUCUCAAUUUGAUAAAAAAAAUGGUGACCAAAGCGAUGGAGCUCGAAAUGCCUAUGCUUCAAGAAGUGUUGGAGGACAGUUGUGGAAGUGAAGAUUUUUUGGAAGAGUUAUUGUGUAAAUUUCGGCAGUGGCUAAAACAGCAAAUUCAUCUUCCUCAAGAUAUCUCUGAUCAACGAUUAAAAUUUUUCAUUUCUACUGUAAAAUUUGAUUUCGAAAAAGCUAAAAAAAACUUAGAUGCGCUUUACACGCUUCACAAUCUUCUUCCAGAAUUUUAUGACAAUUUCGAUCCUCUUAGCGAAGAUAUAAAACUAUCCAACAUAUGCAAUCAGUUCAUCCCUUUGCCAAAGUUAACGCCAGAUAAAUAUAGAGUACAUAUAGCCCGGCCAAUAGAUGGCUCUAAAUUUGAUAUUUUGGCACUUAUGAGGUAUGGCUUGAUGAUAAUAGAAGAGCGCAUAGAAGAAGAUAUAGUUACUAACAACAUUAUAAUUUGCGACUCUACUGGUGUAAAUAUGAAUCAUGUGAUACAAUAUACGCCAAGUCUAAUAAAAAAAAUUGACAUUUGUAUGACGGCAUACGGUUUAAGAAUAAAAGCGGUUCAUAUAAUCAAUGCACCACCAUUUGUUGAUAUAAUCAUGAAAAUGGCUAAACCAAUAUUGAAAGCAAAACUUUUCAAUAGAAUACACGUUCAUACCUCAGGAAUAGAAUCAUUGUAUAAAACAAUACCAAAAUCUAUUCUGCCACUGGAUUACGGCGGAGAACAACCGUCAAUGGAUACUUUAACAGAUAUGUGGCAUGCGAAACUAGUCGAACGGAGGGAUUGGUGUUUAAAAGAAGGAAAACGUAAAGCCAAUGAAUCUCUUCGAACAAAUUCUAUAAUAAAUCCGGACGAUUUGUUCGGAAUUCCAGGAACAUUUAGACAACUACAAUUUGAUUGAUAUGAAUUUUUUAUACUAAAUGAACAGACAAAGUUUAAUUCUUUAAUAUGAUUGUGUAUUCUAUCUGUUUAUUGA